AUGGCGGACACGCCCGACUCGGGCGCAUCGACGCCGAAUGCAUCGCGCUUCACAUCCCAAGCGGCGACCGUGGAAGACCGCCUGAAAGCCGACACCGUUGGACUGGUUACAUUGGACGACUUCCGCAAGAGGCGCGCAGAAGCUCUCGAGGGCAGUGCGCCGGCGAGCGGUGCGACGACGCCAGAUGGACGUGACCCGGCUGCCAAACCCGCAUUCAAGAAGAGGAAGAAAGUCGUGAAGAAAGGCGGUCUGUCAUUUGGGGAUGACGAAGAGGACGAAGACAUCACAACAGGAAAUGGAUCGCGUGCGAGUUCCAUGGCCGUACAGGACGGUUCCGCCCCACCGACCGACAGCGAAGCGCCCUCUGAUUCCUCCAGCAGUGUUUUCAAGAAGAAGAGUUUGCGGCCCAACGCGAGCGUCGGUCUGCAGCCCAAGGCGAUGACGAAAUCUGCGAUGCUGAAAGAGGCGCAAUUGAAAGAGCAGUUGCGGAGAGAGUAUACUCAAAUCCAGGAAGCAGUCAAAGCGACCGAGUUUGUGAUACCGUUCGUCUUCUACCACGGGAAGAGUGUACCGGGUGGGAAAGUCAGGCUGAAGAAGGGCGACCAUAUCUGGCUCUUUCUUGAGCGUGCGCGCAAAGUUGGUGCAGAUACACCCGGGUCGGGUCAGAAUAAUCGUAGGGAUUGGGCGCGGAUAUCGGUGGAUGAUUUGAUGGUUGUGAAGGGAGACUUGAUCAUUCCGCCGCAUUACGACUUCCACCACUUCAUCAUCAACAAAACCAUUUCAUAUACUGGCCCUCUAUUCCCAUACUCCGCCGAACCCACUUCUGCAACACCACAAGACCUUCUGCCAGGCGCAUCAGCAUCUGCGUCAGCUACGCCCGAGCCGACUGCCCCAAGCAAUAUAUCGGGUCUUCAAACCGCCGCCCAGCGCCGACAACAAGCCGCGACUCAAUCAACCGGUCCUCCCGAUUCCGAACUCGAAGGUUUCAACGAUGAUCCCAAUUUGACCAAGGUGGUGGAUCGGAGGUGGUAUGAGCGGAAUAAGCACAUUUAUCCGGCGUCGAGUUGGGAGGACUUUGAUCCGGAGAGGGAUUAUUCGACGGGUGUUCGCAAGGACAAGGAUGGCAAUGCCAUGUUCUUCUCGAAGUGA